AUGACUAGACAAACCAAUUUUGGUUCAGAAAAGCCACACGACUUUGAUCCUCUUCAAGCUAGUGCCACCGCCAGGUCCAACAGCAAUGCUGCUACCACUGGUUCUGAAUCAGAAGGGCAAUCCGCCUUCAGAGCGGCAGGUACUUCUUUCUCUGGUGGGACACCUUCCACUCUCACUCAGGCAUCAAGCGGGAACGAUUCGCUCCAAAGGUCCUCCGUGGCUCCACUCAGUCAGAGUCAGGAAGCCAAUACCACUACAGCUGCCGCUAGCGCUGCCGCUCGAUCAUCUAGAUUAGCUGCGGGUGAACAUGACCCACGGAUCAGCAUGAUAGAAGCUGAUCAUGCGAGAGUCGAGAGGGCAACUUCGGGUGCUAACGGGGAUCCUGAAGGAGAAUGGCUCACGCUCGCCAAUCGCUACAAGCAGUGA